GUGGCAAGUAAACAGAUCACUUCCUGUAGUUUGUGCUGUAUUGACAUCCGUCUAUCUUACAUCUGCCAGACUUCCUCUGACUUCUGUAGUAGCUUUAAACUCCUCACUUCGGGCCGCUGUUGGUGUGAGGAGAGCCGGCUGUUCUCGGUACAUGAGGAGCGGGCUGUAGGAGCUCAGCAGCUGGACAGGAGACACGAUGGCUGGGCUGCUGGUGCUGGUGUUCCUCGGUGGGCUGCUGGAGGUCUGCAGCGGAGUCUCAGCAAACAGAGGAGGAUAUCCCUCCUUCACAGACGAAGUCCCCUUCAAAAUCAACUGGCCAGGACCUGAAUUCACUCUGCCAGCUGCAGGGGUACUGUACAAGGAAGAGGACUUUGUCAUCAUGACAACAACAGAGAAGGAGAAGUAUAAAUGUAUGCUGCCUUCCCUGGCUUCUGGAGAUGAGGAUGAUGAUAAGGACUACACUGGGCCCAGUCCGGGUGAACUGCUGGAGCCAUUAUUCAAACGAAGCAGCUGCUCCUACAGGAUUGAGUCGUACUGGACGUAUGAAGUAUGCCAUGGAAAGCAUAUAAGACAGUAUCAUGAAGAGAAGGAGACGGGCCAGAAAAUUAGUGUUCAGGAGUACUUCCUGGGUAAUAUGGCACAGAAGAGUCAGUCAACAGAGACAGAUAAAGUUGAAGAGGCGGAAAAUGUCAAAUCAGCAGAGGAAAUUGAAGUUCAAACCAAGAACAUAGAAGGCCAGCUGACUCCCUUCUUCUCGUUGGAGAUGGGAAACGGGACUCCUUGUGUCCUGAAACAGAACGAGGCUCGCGUCACAUUUGUGCUGUACGUCUGUCAUCCAGAGGCCAAGCAUGAGAUCUUGUCCGUCGCCGAGGUCACCACCUGUGAAUAUGAGGUGGUGGUGUUGACGCCGCUGCUUUGCGCACACCCAAAAUACAGGUUCAAGUCGUCCCCGGUGAACGCCAUCUUCUGCCAGGCUCUAGCAGGCUCCCCUUUGCGACCUCGACGGCUCGCCCAGUUGGACAAGGAGCAAGAGGAGCAGCUCAAACCGCCUUUCAGCGCCGCCUCCGAGACCAGAGAGGAAGAGACGCCGCCAGUGAGAGAGGAGGCGUUCACCUCCACUCACAAGCCUAUGACUGUUGGAGGGCAGACUCAGGUCACCGUCGGCACCACUCACAUCUCCCGUUUGACGGAUGACCAGCUAAUCAAGGAGUUCCUCAGUGGCUCGUACUGUCUGCAUGGGGGGGUAGGGUGGUGGAAAUAUGAAUUCUGUUACGGAAAGCAUGUCCAUCAGUACCAUGAGGAUAAAGAGCAUGGAAAGAACACUGUAGUGGUCGGGAACUGGAACGACCUGGAGCACACUGAGUGGGCCAAGAAGAACGUCGCCCGAUCCUACCAGCUCAAAGACGAUGGAGUGCAGAAAGUCAAGUUGGUUUCCCACUUCUAUGGCCACGGGGAUUUGUGUGAUCUGACAGGGAAGCCCAGACAGGUCAUUGUCAAGCUCAAAUGUAAGGAGUCUGAGUCUCCCCAUGCUGUCACUGUCUACAUGCUGGAGCCUCAGACUUGUCAGUACAUCCUUGGGGUUGAGUCUCCGGUCAUAUGCAGGAUUCUGGACACUGCUGAUGAACAUGGACUUCUCUCAAUCUCCAGCUAAACUGACAAAGAUCAUAUGACAGCUAUGGAGCAUGAAGGAAAAAGAGAGAGGUGUACUUGAAGAGAGAACAUUUAUCAUAAAGCAGAGGCCUGUUUUGGUGGAGGAAGAGAGAUGCCCAUGACACUGCGCUGAAAGCCAAAAUCGAGGCUAAACUGAGUUUAAACUUGAUCCUGAGGCUGGACUUCACGUAGCCUAUGAGCACAGCCUCAGCCCAUGCCCCGGUCUGUGCUGUACAUCACAGCCUACUCCAGCAGGCUAGCUCAGACUUUGUGACCACAGUGAAUUGGUGCCGACGCCUCACUCCACAAGGCAGUGGAUUUAUUGCCUGUACUCCAUAUCUAUGCUUCACUUUGUGUUGAUUAAUUGCAAGCAAAGGAGUGAUGAAUCAGGGGAUUCAUAAUCCUCAGGGGAAUUGCAUUAUUCAUAGUGGUUUUAUUGUCUUUAAGGUUUAUUUGUUUUUGUGUGUAUGUGUGCGUGUGUGUGUGGGUGUGAUGAUGUGAAAUGAUUAGCUGUUUGACUGUGGCACUUUGUACUUGUAGAUAGGGGAAAAAGCAAGUGUGAAAAUGUUUUGCAGCGGUGAGAAUGUGUAUUGUGUUAAUUUACAGGAUGAGUGAGUGUAAGUUAUAAAUUAGAGGGUGCUAUGGAAUAGCAACAAAAGUGAGUGGUUGAUUAAAAUUUCCUAUAAGUUUGUUGGAUGUACAGAAUGUCUGUGGGUUCCUGUAAGAGGUAUUCUGUGGUUUUAUGAAGAUGCACACUGGGAUCCUGAUCACUGCUGUAUCACAGGGAUAUACAAUCCAAUGCAUUUGCAGCAAAGAAUAAAACUAAAACGUGAAACCUCA